UUGUGGCACGUUGGAGCAACAGCUCCGGGGCGCUCGAGUAUUCUCGAAAAAGGAAGUAAUUCGAUUCGGUCGUGCUUGGUUUAGCCGGUUCAUUCCGUUCUACUGCGGUCCGUUGUUGAGGUUGCACUUAAACUGUGCUGGUGUUUAAAAUUAACAGUGGUAUAAAGAAAAGAACUACGAUAACAUUUGUUCAUACGAAGCAGUGGUUCCAGCAUGCGACGAUCGGAUUGUAAAGUGUGGUUCUCCGGCCAAUGGCUUGGCAGAGCGGCCAUACCGAUUCUACUCUUACAACUGCUCAAUGUGGUCAUCGCCCAGCAAUACACGGCAGUUAAAUUAAUCUCAUCCAAUGAAGAGCAGAGAACAGUACCUGCACAUUCGGCACGUUCCGUUGAUGGAGGUAUUCCGACGGGGGACAGUAACAUCAUUAAUCUGUCGAUCAAACCGCUUGCUCGCGGUCAAGGAUUUACGGCAGCCAAAGGUCGUAAUCUCGGUUUCGUAAAUGAUCCCUCGCUCAACACGAUACCGGCCGGCAUCAACAAUGAGCUAUCGAAUGGUGAUGUUCGUGCCUCGACCGCCCAACCGACCGCCGGUCUGCGGGAUAGCUAUGGAAAUCCAGUGACACCAUUUGCUGACCUAACCGGUGCGAGUGCCGAUUUGGUGGGAUUUCGAACGAACGUUAACCGAGAAUCGGGAUUCCCAUCGUCCAAUGGCGUCACUAAUGGUGCUCCGCUGAACUUCAAGGUGCCCAGCUAUGCGUCCGGUAUUAUCGCUCCGAUUGGUCAACCAAACUAUGGUCCGAUUCCAGCGAAUGCUGGACAACAAACUACAGCGGCUGCGCCACCGUCACCGCCGGCACCUAACCAGCAACAGUUUGUGCCUAACGCGAAAAUACCGACGAUCGAGGAAGGCAAAAUUCUCUUCGCUCAAAAACCCGUCGAUGGUCUGUUGCCACCACUGUUCCCGGAUCAGUUACCACCGGUGUAUCGGGUUGAAGUAGGUACGGAGCGGUCCACUAUCUUCCCGCGGGAUCCAUUCGGUAAUACGCAGAACCCUACCACGGCCGGUGGCGUGGGUUUCAAAACUGAUGUCAAUCAGCAGACGCAGUUCCCACAGACGAGUUACACCACGACACCGACGACGACGGCCAACAGAUUCUCUGGGUCUUCAGUCCCUCAGGUUCCGUUACAGCAACCGGCGAUAGGCGGUGGUGCCUCACCGACAGCUCCUCCUAUUCAGAAGUACACCGGAGGAUUCGGAGGUCCUGCUGGAUUUCUGGGGAAUCAGCAAAACAUCGGAACGGCGUACACUUCAACCGUCAGACCGAACGUGCAACCACAGGCUCCUGUCCUUCCACCUAAACCCGCUCCAGUACCAUCACAAGGCUCGUUCCAAACACCGGUCACCACUUUCCAACCAACGGCCAGACCAGUAGAACAGACGACCAUCAACCGAUAUACGGGUAGCUUCGGGGGUCCACCUGGUUUCUUGGGUAAUCAGCAGAAUAUCGGAACGGCCUAUACCAAGCAACCGGCCAGCACACCGUCUGUACAGUUUCAACCACGGCCAGCUCAGCCGGGUCAACCACCUCUAACGCAAGGUCCUCCACCGGCCUCUAUUCCUACUGUAGUGCCGUUUGUCCCUGCGCCUAACGCGUACAACCCUCAGCAGCAGCAGCAGCAGCCGCACCAGCCGCAACUGCCCCAACAGCAGCUACCUGCUGUUAAUGUCCGCCCAACGCAACCACCGAACAAGUUCACCGGAUCGUUUGGCUUUGGUGGCAUCAACCAAGGUCCCAAUGCAGUCAGCGUAAGGCCAACGGUGUCAUCAUUCAUACCACAGCAACCACAGCAACCACAGCAACCACAGCAACCGAUAAGGCCGCAAACGUUCAAUGGGGGUAACAAGUUUACCGGUAGUUUCGGUGGAGCACCGGGUCUGUUGGGUAACCAGCAAAGCCUUGGUACGCAUGUCAAACCGGACGGCACUGUCUUGGCACCGUCUGCCCCGGGUGUUGGUUUCACCGUUCCACAACAAUCUACUGCCUAUCCGCAACAGCAGCAAUACGUAGGAGCUUCCGUACAGCCAGUGAAUCCUGCGUCAGCGGCAGGCAAUAAGUUCACCGGCAGUUUUGGUGGUCCACCAGGAGUACUGCGUCCGUUUGACAAUACACAGGGCUAAACGCUCUAGGGUUCUAGGUGAUCGUGAUGGCUCUUUGUAGCUCCAGUACGGCAUUUUGCUCCUCCGUAGCAUAGUAUUAUAGACACUAGUAAGCAUCUGAUAUCUGAUAAGAUCGUCGUUGAAGCCGCUUCCGCUAGUGCCUCGUUGGUAUUCAAGAAGAACCUCAGCUAUUUUACGAUGGUCAUUGGUUAACAAGCAGGAAUAGGAUAAACCAUCAACCAUCAACCGUGAUGUUUUUUGCGAACACGAUUGUGCUUGUGCUUGUUUUAAAAAUACAUCACAAUAAUUAUGUCUAAGAGAAGUAGUUAAAAUAAAUCUUCAAGGUGUAGACGAUCCGGACUGGAACUCUGAUGUUGUAGAAUAUUAUGAGCGUUAAUCAAGCUUCUAGAAGCAUUUUUUGCUUAAUACCCUACAACAAUAAUGCAAUUAUGCUUGUU